GGGUUAGUGGAAAAGGUCGAGGCCGCCGGAACCACUUCAAAUCGUUUGAAUACGAUGGACUCACCUAUGAACUGGAGGAUCCAGUGCUGCUAGUUCCGGAGGAGCAAAAUCAGAAACCGUAUGUUGCUAUUAUCAAGGAUAUAUCUCAGACCUGGAAAGGAAACAUGAUGGUUGACGGGCAGUGGUUUUAUCGGCCAGAGGAAGCAGAGAAAAAGACUGGUGGGAACUGGCAAUCCCGUGAUACCAGGGAGCUUUUCUAUAGCUUUCACCGUGACGAGGUGCCCGCUGAGUCUGUAAUGCACAAGUGUGUGGUGCACUUUAUUCCUUUGAACAAACAGAUCCCAAAGCGCAAACAACAUCCUGGAUUCAUUGUUCAAAAAGUGUAUGACACUGAACAGAGGAGGCUUUUCAAAUUAACGGACAAGGAUUAUGAAGAUAGCAAGCAGCAUGAGAUUGACCUCCUCGUGCAGAAAACUAUGUCACGUGUUGGUGAUCUUCCGGAUAUUGAACACGAGGACCACCCUUCUGUCAUAGCCAAUGAAGAUCAGUUGUUGAAGAGUAAACGACUGUUGAGGAAAAAAAGUAUUCAUAUGAUAGAUGUUUCUAGAGAGGAUGAAGCAUCCGGCAGAAACAAAGCAGAAACACCUGGUAGCUCUGCCAGCAAUGCAUCAGAGUACUCUGCAAUCCUAAAAAGCUUCAAUGUGAUGAUGGAUGCUGAUCACCGUAACAGGUGGUUGGAAAAGUUGCUUCAAGCAAUUCAGUUUAUGUGCCGCCCUUCGGAUGGUAAUGAGAGGGGAACUUCUGAUGGACGUGAUCCUACAGUUCCUGCUAAAACCAGUUCAUCAAAAGUGAAUGAGGAUAACUAUUCAAAUGGUGAAAAGAAUUUUCUUUGGCCAGACAGUGCUGUUCCUGUCGUAGUUUCUCUUGAGCGAGCUGUACAUGAUGCGCUUGCCUCAGAUUUUCAGAAGUAUAACCAGAAGAUGAGGCAGUUAGUUUUUAACCUCAAGAAUAAUGCUCAUUUGGCCCGGCGUCUCUUGAAUGGGGAGUUGGACGCCUCACAAGUUUCGAGCAUGACACCAACUGAGUUAAAGGAAGGAUUGACUUCAGAUGAGCUAGCAAGCAGGCAGCCUGAGGAGCAAGAGCCCGUGCAGAUGACUAAUGCUCGUUGCAAACGGUGUGGUGAAAAACAAGUUCGACUGAUAGAUAUCAUACAGGCUGGACAUGGUGAUCGUUAUCAGCUGGAGUGUGGAGCUUGUGGGAACACCUGGUAUGCUUCAAGAGAUCAAGCUGCAACACUAACAAUAGGAGUGCCAUCAACUGACACCAAGCCAGUGGCGGAGUCCGAUGACUCCGAGAAGCAACAGCUGGUUAGCCCCGGCACACAAGAGCAGCAGCCGGAUCAAGACAGAGAAGCUCUUCUCAAGACAUCAUCAACCGGUCCGGUCCCAGAUACCAAACACAAGCCCAAAUCUGCAGAGGGUGUUCCUGAUCUAUGAAUUGAAGAACAUGACGGACUGAUAAGCCGCCCCCCAGCCCCUUUUGGACUGGGUCCCGACGGCAACAUCUCCAUCCAGUUCGACAAGCUGAUCCCCA